UUUCAUUCCAACUUUAGAGUCUACUUCCUUUGAUCUAUUCUUUUCUACAAUUAUUGUAAUCUACCCAAUAUUUUAGGGUUUCGACAUAUUCCCCAUCAAUUCAACAACUUGCCGUGUAAAUUGAUCCAUUCUAAACAAUAUCUCCCUUCUUAGCCAAAAAGAUCAAAGUUUCGUUAUUUAUAGCCAAAGGCUUUCUGGGUCGUUGUGAGUCUUGUGUUUGAGAGAUUAAGACCUUUUUGCAUUGCAAAUGGCUGCUGCAACUGCUGGAGUUGUUGGUGGAAAUGGUUCGUCUGCUUCUUGGAUGCGAUUCAAAGGCAAGGAAAGGAAGCAAACCAAGAUGAACAAGUCAAGGAUUAGUUGCUCUUAUUCUUCUUCUGUGAUGGAUCCUUACAAGACCUUAAGAAUACAACGCGGUGCCUCUGAAUCUGAGGUCAGGAAGGCUUUCAGGCAGCUUGCUCUGCAGUACCAUCCAGACGUGUGCAGAGGGAGCAAUUGUGGGGUGCAGUUUCACGAAAUCAACGAGGCUUAUGAUAUUGUGAUGGCCAACUUAAGAGGAGAAUCAAAUGCGACAGAAUCGUAUGAGGCUUAUUAUGAUGCUGGAAUUGAUGAGCCACUGAGGGGAAUGAACGAUCCAGAUUGGGACAUGUGGGAGGAGUGGAUGGGGUGGGAAGGAGCAGGAAUCCGUGACUACUCGUCUCAUAUUAAUCCUUACAUUUGAUAAAUUUGUUGAUAAUUAUUAUUAGUCUUUUGAAUAAUGAUUGUGCAUUAGUUAAAGUGGGGUCUGGUCUAGAGUCUAGACCUACAUACAUGUUCCCACCCAAGUGGCUGGUGUUCUUUGUGUAUAGUCCAAGUGAAUGUAAAGUGAGUCCUCUCUCUCUGCAUAAUUGAAGAUGAGGAAAUGACUCUUUAAUCCUUAAGCCUGUGCUCGGUGGAGAAGAAAAAAUGAAAAAGAAAGAAAAUAAAAUUCUUUCAUGAAGUCAA